UUCCCAGUCAGGAUGAACUUUGAGAAGCUGAUCACGCUUGUUUCAAGUGUUUUGAUAAUUGGUAAGGUCACUUUCUAGAUUAUAAUUCCAUGUCUUAGUAUGUUUUAAGGCGCACUAACUGCAUUAGCGUCCUAAACCUUCGACUAUUCUGGAAUAAUCGGAAUAUUCCAUUAUUUUAGUGGAAGUGUUCACGAUCAAAGCCCCUACUUCUUAGUAUGAAAACAUCUGCAAGAAGAAUUUUAUUAGAUAUAAAUAAGUACUAUUGAGAUGCUGGAUUAUUUGUUUUAAAAAAUCUUCUUGAUCAGCCGUGCCAUGGUUCCAAUGCAGACAUAUUAGCUGGACCCGAGAGGUGUAUGUUCAGUCUGAUAAACCCCGUAAACCUGGAGCUUAUUAUUUGAAUGGAAUAUAAAACUGUUUGUUGUAGUUUAUUAAUUAAGACUUAACAUAGUCUUACCACAAUAUUCUAACUUAAUGUGAUAUAGACUUUGAUAAAGAAGAAAGCAUGAAAUUUCAAAGCCACUAAUGAAAAUUCACUUAAUUUCAUAAUGGAGCUUAAUUACCAUUUAUUUUGUUUUAAACCUACAAUAGCCACUCAGUAUUGACUGUCUGGGCAAAUGAUCCAGUUUGUUUCAAAUGUUUCUUGUCAUGUUUUCUGUAAAAUGAACCUUAAGCAGACACCUUUAAAUAUUUUAAAAAGUGUACACCAGUAAAGGUCCCACAGCUCACUGUUGUACUUUGAAUGUGUACAGUGUGAAUGUGUAAUCCAGGAGGGAAUGUGGAUGUGAAGAAAAUGUGAAUUUCUUUCAGUUUAUCCCAGGAGGGAAGCACAUGUUCGUAGGGUGUAGAAAAAUAUGAUGUCAAUGAGAAAUAUCCAAAUUCUUAAUAAUUAAAAAUUUGGAGUGUACCCUUGUAGGGACCUGGUAGCUAGGGUGUUCACUUCCUGUAUGAUAACCUUCAUUAAUGGUGCAAUCGCAGGUAAAAUUAUUUCUGUAACAAUAAAAAAGCAAAGGGGAUUUAAAACUCACUUCCAAUCAACUCACAAUUGAUGUCAGAAGUUUUCUAUGAGAAUUUAUAAAUAAAUAUUGAUGGCUUUUUUUGUCAUCCAGUGGUGAUUUUGUGAAUUAUGCAGCAACAAUCUUGUACCUCCAUGAUGUUAUAGUUUGCAGGAGAAUUUGGGAGAAUUUUUAUGACACGAUAAACAUACUACCGUCUUAAGGGCAGCAUGUGUAAUAUUUUGGUUUCUUUUGACUUCUGCAAAUUUAUUUAUACCACAAUUUGGCAAAACUUCAUUAAUUAUUGCACAGUGUCACUAGGUGAAGAUAAAUAAAAUAUUUUAAAUAAUUCUUUUAGAGUUUGUGGUGAGUGCAUGGUCAUUGUUAUAGACUAAGGAUUGAUUAAGGUUUUAGACCUUAGCUUGUUUGUUUUGGGUAUUUUAAUGCUGAUCUAUUAAUUUCUAUCUGUUUUUCACUUUUAGUUCUGUUAAGCCCCACAACAGUUGGAGGUAGGACCUGGCCAGUACAAUUUUUACAUAAGACAACUCAAAGGAUGUAGUUUUUAUGAUAUCUGCACUCUCCCUGACCUUGAUUGUUUUGGAUAUCACAAAAAUCCAAUCCAAUUAUAAUUUGUUUUAUCAUUAUUUCAUUGCUUUAAAGCACCACAAACACUGUCAUAGAAUUGUAAAUGCUUUUGCCAACUUGCUCACGUUUUAAUGAAUAUUAUUUGCUGAUAGAUACGUCUAACUGCUGUACUCAGUUGAACAUUCCAUCAGAAUGUCAUUUUCUUUGUGGAGUUGGCAGUCAGCCAUUUUGGACAAUAACAAGAUGGAAGUGUACCCACAAGUACUUCGCAAAAGUGGCAACAUGUAAAGUUAAUAAUAAAAUCAGUAAGUAUUUACUGCGUGCCAGCAUUAUGAGCUGAUGGCUUUUCUUAGAGUAUGCUGAAAUUUUUGUGUUGAUGUACUGAUCUGCAUUGUUCACAUAAUUUUUUUGCUAUAAGAUCAAUGCUCUAAGUUUUUUGAAAUAUUUUUAUUAGACUAUGUCAAGUUGUUUGGCCAAGAACUCACACAGUCGUAAGUACAAAUAUUAAGAUGAUAACUAUAAUCUAUGAUAUGUUGCUGCAAAAAGUAAGGUGUUUAUACAGUAAAACCCCGCUACUAAGAACCUGGAUUUUUCCAAGCCUAAACAGGUUGUUAUAUAAAUGGUAAGUAGCACAAGUUUAGGCUAUUUAGGUUCUUAAAUAGGUUCUUAUUUUCUGAAGAAAAAAAUACAAUAUGGCUUAGAGUAUUUUAUGGUUCAGCUUAUUCCUCUUAUAAAAUCUGCAUACCAAAUAAGUGUAAAAAUGAACAUAAAAAGAAGAACUGUAUGUAAUUUGUAAUAAUUGUAUCAGUAACAAUUUUAUUUGAUUUAAAUAUUGGUAUUUACAUUGCAGUUGGACACUAUGUCUCCAAAGAGGAUUCUAAAUGACCUGAUCUAAUAUAUGCCCAAGUUUGCAGAAUUUUUCAUAGAUAAUAGAAAAUAAGAACCUCUUUCAAACAGGCUCUUGUAUCAUAGAGGGGGCUUUAACUGGUAGAUUUUAGCCUUAAUAACAGGUUCUUAAGAUCCAUGUUGUUAGCUGUAGGAACAUUUUACUCUAACUGUUAUAGCUUGAUGUUACAAUGUGCAUUAAUUAAGUCAACAUAAAAUUUAGGUCAAUGAUACAAAUAAAUGAUAUUUAGUUAAUUUCCUUCCAGUACUCUCAUAUAAAAGUGAUACUCACUGUCUCGCUUAGGAUAAAUUGCAAAGUUUGGUCUCACUUAGGGUGUUUGGGACAGAUAGUCACUAUAUUUGCCCAUUCAGGUAUUGUUUAGGGCUAAAAAUGCUGUGAUACUGAUCACGUGAAAAUCUCCUGUAAGGGUCAGUUUAAGAUUGAGCCACACCACGUCAUAUUGGUCUUCUUUAGGGGUUUAAUUUUAAUUUUCUGAUGAGCAUCACUGUUGCUUUUAUUUGGGAGUCUCCCCCCCCCCCUGGCGAAAAGCAACACGUUUCUUUAACCACCCCAUAUUGUCUUGUUCAGCAUAAAGAGUGCCUUUGAUAAGCUAUCUGAUAGCCUGAAGGAAAAGCUGUCAGAUGCCAAGAAAUUUGUUCAAGCAACUGUCAGUGAACUGUUAAGUGUACCACAAGAUGUGCUCUCUUCUUUACAGGUACAUUUGCUUCUUGGCAAUAUUUUACUGUAAAAUUACAUUACUUUAUAAUAAUUAGCAUACCAGAGAGUAGCAAAAAACAUCAAUAUUGCUGUUGUAAAUUAACUUAAAUCAUGUGUCAAUUCCUCGUAUCAAGUAGUCUUUGCCACAGACAAAGUUAAACUCUGGUUAAGUCCGUCUGCAAGACAGCACCAAAAUCCUUGUUCUCGGCCCCCACCUGUGUGCCAGGAUUUGAGCAUGUGCAAUGGUUGGCCUGUUAAAAAAACUAUUGUCAAAUUGCAAACCAGGAUGAAAGAAAAUUCGAAACACACUUCUGGUAAUUCACUGAGUUUGUCAGGGCCCCAGAACAAGGAUAUUGGUGCUGAGGAUAUUGGUAUUACUAACCAAGCUUAUUAACUACGUAUUCAAGGUAGGCUACAUAUCAAGAUGCCACCUAUAAGUUUUAUGUGUAGAAAGUUUUUUUUUUAUUUGUAUCAGUUUUGUUAAUAAUAAAUUGAUUAUUUUCCUUGUUGUGUUUUAUCUGCUUCACAGGAUAGCUUAAGUGGCAUGACAAGCAGUCAGUUCAGUGGAAUAAUUGACCGCCUCACAAAGUUCACAUCACAAAAUUUAAAGAAGCUUAUCAUGCACAUGAACCUAGAUUCCUUUUUUGUAAAUGUGGAUAAACUUGCUGUAAGUAAAAAUUGUGGUUUUUGAUUUUGCUUCCUUAAGCUUUCAGGUGUGCUGAUAUCUUAAAAAGAGCUAUUCUCAUCUGUCAAUGUCAAACUGUACCUAUACAUUAGAUUUGUAUUGUCAUAAUAAUACAAUUCUCUCUCUGUAAUUUUAGAUUAUCAUUAGAGUAUAAUAUAUUAUGCAUAGUUUAGAUAUUUUUACUUUUAUAUUGUAUAGGUAAUUCCAAUUAUUUAAUUAUAAAUUGUGUCCCCAAAUUAGUAUGGGGUUGUUCCCAAGCUAUAUGGCUCUGACACAUUAAUAGUGUUUUCUAUUCUAUUCUAUUCUAAAACAAAUAGCAUGUAUAGACAUCAAUAACUCAUUUGACUUCUGUGGUACAAGUUUUCUAUAAUCUCCUUUUACUUUGUUCUUUUUUUUCAGAGCAAGAACUGGGAUCGUGAGCAGAUGGCAGCCUUCACCCAAGCUGCCUAUCGUAAAUUUGGCCGUAGUCUUGAUCAGUGGUCAUUCAAAGCACUGGAGAGCAUGAAACAGUUACUUGUUGGGCUCAAUGCGAAUGAACUGGCAGAAUUGGCUGGAGAUGUCUUUGACCAGGGGUAAUUUUAACAGCUUGUAUUGUGUGUUAGGCAAAAAUCUAACAAUCCAAGGAUUACCAGGCCAGUAUCAACAAGUUGUGUGCCUGUCUUGUUGUUAAUGACCAUUUACUUGUUCUGACAUGCUAAAUUUCAUAUUAGUGUGUCAAGUUCAUUGUUGUCUGUGAAAUAUGACACAUUAAGGGUCAAAUGAUCGUUUGACUGAAGAAAUUAAGGUUUCCAUUUCCUUUUAACCAAGCGUGAAAAGUGCACUGGACACGCAGCUGGAACACAGAGCAAAAAGGAGCCAAUAAAAAUGUUGAUGAUGAUGAAAUAAUCAAAGUUGUAAAGGUUGUUUAAUUUCUUCCAUAUGAAUAUUGCAUCUCAAAAAGUUUAUGGCAGAUUAAAUUCAUUUAUUAUAUAAAAUUGAGAAUGCUACAGGAAGAGGAAAUGUGGCUUGUGUGUUGUAGUUCUUCAGCUUAAUUAAAGAGAGGUAGAUGAACCCCAGAAAUAUUUUAUUGUGGGAUUAUAUGAAUGUUUGCAUCGAUGCGACUCUGAUUAAUUUUUACUGACAUUUAAUUUUUAGAGUUAGUUAUCUUUGUAUGGCAAAUUUUGAUCGAGACCAGAAGAAUGCAUUGAUGAUUCCUGCUAAAAAGGUUUAUGGAGAUGUGGCUAAGUGGAAUGACAAAAUACUGGGUGGCCUGUGCAAUCUUUUGGAGGCUCUACCCGUAAGGGACAUUUUAAAGCUUGCAUCUGAUGUUGUAAGUAUUGUACAUAUUGUUUUUUAGGAUGAACAAAACUGACUUGCUUGACUGACUGACUUGACUUGUCUCAUAAUGCCAUACAUCAAAACGUUUCAUACCAAGUGAAUUUUGAUAUGGAGUCAUCAGAGCGUAACCAUGGUAAUAACUCACCCCCCCAAAACUGUAAGAAAAUGCUGUCUUUUGGCAAGGAGGCAUUUUUCUGGUCAGCUUCCUCAGUUUCUGAGUGCCCCAACAGACCAUAAUUUCUUAAAUCAAGUUUUUAUGACCUCAUCACUUGUUCAUUCUAUUAGACUCCUUGUUCCUUUUGUGCCCAUAUCAAGGAGGGUCAAUAUUGAAUGUCUAAAUUGUUUUACUUUGACAGGUGAGCAAAGCCAUAGAUGCACUGGUGAAAAAUGAUUUCUCCUUUUCUCAAGCCAAAAUAAUCAUAGCUAAGCUAAAAGAACAGUGGGGACAAAUCAAGAGCUGGAGUGUUCCUCAGUUACAGAAACUUGGAAAAUUACUGAAGGACUUAAAUGUAGAGGAUUUAAAAUUCUUGUCAAAAGAGCAGUUCCAGGUGCAGGUUUUUUUUUAAAGUUUCAUCUCCUAGGCAGCAAUCAGGCAACAAUCUCUCAACUUGCUGUGAAUUACCAACUCUUUUUAAGUGAAGCUUGAAGAGGCAGGAUAUCUUACUAUUUGUGUAUCAUACUUACAGGCUAUUAAAAGCGUUCUUGGCAAGUUGAAGUUAAAGGAAGGACAAUUGAGGGUGUUAGCAACGAAAGCAAAGGAAAUUAUUGGUUCCCCAGACAAGUGGACCAAAGAUGAUAUUAAGGAACUUGGAAAUAUUGUUGGUGAACUUCUGCCAUCUGAGCUUAAACAGAUUGGAGAUCAAGUCAUCAAGGAUUCACUGCAGUUUUUGAAGGACGUUGAUUUUAAGAUUGACCAGGUAAAACGAGGCGGUUGGUCUGAUAUCACGCACUAUAGAAUUCAAGAAGACAUAUGUAAUGAAAACAUUCAGAGAGAAACUGCAUGAUUGUGAUCAUUACACCACACCUGUGGUAAUAAAAUCAAAAUUAAGAAGUUGUUUUACUGUAAAAAUUGCCUAACAAGCCUACGAGCCAAAAGGGUGGAAGCAGUUUUCCUAGAAAAUCUUCAAGAUUCCUAUGUCAGUUUACUUCCGGAAGAGAAAUGUUAGAGAAAAUUUAUGAAUGUGUAUCUUUUUAAUCAGAUUCGAAGGAGAUUUUUUCUUUAUGAAAAUCCUAGCUACCAGUUACUUCAUAUUAUUGCACCCCUUUGUAGAUAUGUCAUAUAUAAAAUAGCUUAAAAUGACUUGCCGGCCGGGUGGUUUAUCAUAUUAAAGGCAAUUACAUCAAAUUUUCGCCGAUCAAUUAGUAUGCCUUUUCCUUUACUGCUUUGUAAAUAUGUAAAUGACUGUCCUUUUUUGGUGAUCGGACAUACGGUUCAUAUCUUUUACUCUUUUGUUUAUUAGGCACAGGAAUUAGUGGAAAAACUGAAAAAGUCUGUAGACGUAAGUGAUUGUCGUUACUUUGCUUAAAGACGCUCAUUAGACGAUGUUAACAUCCUUUGUAUUAUCUUCAUCAAAGCUUUUGUGGUUUCUUAUUUGACAUUUUAGUUCUCUUAAUCAGAACCCAAUCUAAGCAAACGCAGCCUUGAAUUUACAGAAAAUCAGUGUAUGAUUUUAUUUGUGACUUGGACAUAUUCUCUGGCGACUCUUGAAAUCGAGGUUAAUCAGAUAUUUUCAGAAAUUAUUUCCAUGUCCUCCCUCCUGAAGGAGAUCCUCUUCAAACCGCCCAGAUCACCAGAGGAUCACAAACAUAUCUUUUUCGUGUGUUCAAUUCACAGCUGUCCCAACUGAAGAAGGAAGAUGUGAUAGCACUUGGAAAAGCUAUUGACGGUUUCUUGUCUUCUGAUGUUGGAAGAAUGACUCAGGCGGUUGUAUUUGCCGCUUUUCCAGAAAUGAAGGUUGUUAAAGACGUUGCUAUGCCUGUUAUGCGACAGUUUAUAAAAAAGGUAACUGACUGAGCAUCCUGUCUUUAGCCGGCCUGCACGCAUCACGUUUCCUAUUAUUACCUUUGGUUGCUUUCUAGUUAUUAUUAGUUUUAAUUAUACAUUGACAAUAUCUACUGGAGUCCACAUGUAUCAACGCAUACAACCAUUUCGUUGAAGUGAUUAAAUUACAAUUUGCCGUCACUGUAUUGCAGUAUGAGGAAGAUCCUACAAUUGGUAAAAAUAUUGCACAGCUUGGAGAAUUUGCUGUGGCUCUGAGUCGUGGAGAAAUUGAUGCUGAAAACGUGGAUAAUGUUAUCGCUAACCUGGAUAAACUGGGCCUGAUUCCCUGGGAUAAAACACAGGUACGUCGUACAUUCUUAAUAGAGACUUUAAGAUCCAACGACGUGACGGCGACAAGAACGACGCUUAAAAAGUGAAUUUGCGUUCUUUCAGUCUUUAUAGUGAUUAUUCCUACCCACUUACUUUGUCAAAUGUAGGCCAACCCUCCUGGAGCUGAAUUUCAAGGGACCAUAUUCAAGCUCAGAAAGAGAAAUAAAAUGUCGUCGUUGCUUGUGUACGUCCUCCAUAAAACGCGAAAUUAUGUAUUUUCACGUCGUAGUCGUGCAAAAACGGGAAAGAAAUGUACAAAAAAGUGUGAUGCACGUGCGAAGUUGUUGUUUUGCUAACUAAACCUAUUGUAUUUUUUGACGUUCUCGUUGUCGUCCGCGUCGUUGGAUCUAAAGUCCCUGAUAUAAUUUACACGACUGUGUGAACGGUAGCCUCCUUCGAAGACGCUAGUUGAGGGCCAUCACGCAAUAUUCUUCCCAUUCCAGGCGUUAAGAUAGUGGGGAUGGCGCGAAAAGAAGUGAGCGAGCAGGAAAAAAACGGAAAGGGGGUUGGGGGAUUGGGGCGCUGGUAGAAAGAGGUUGAGUGAAUGCCGUUCGUUUCUUUCUCUCUCUUCCUCUCUUCCGCUUUUUUCUAUAGAGAGUGACUCAAUUUUGUAACAGAAAAAUUUUCUUGUUUUCCUGUUUUCAGGUCUUGACUCUCGCCAAAAAGAUCAGUGCAAAGUGGGGUGACUUCAAUGCUACUGAUGCAGAUGAAACCGACACUCCAAACUGGGGAUUUUUGAACAUGAAGAAACUCGGUCACAUUGUGUUAGGUAUUGCUAAAGAAGAGUUACGUGACCUACCCAUCCGGGGUAUUGAAGACGUUAUCGAUGUGCUGGGACGUGAAAAAGACUGGAACCGAGGACAGGUAUAUGAAAAAGUCUGGUUUCUAUGUGAUCUGUGAUCUGUGAGGGUCUGCGGCACUAUCAGCGAACGGUUUGCGUAGAAUGCCCGGUCACAUCCGGGAAUUUAACAGAAAAGAGCUGCAUUUGAGCCACGCUUUCGUAACCAAUUCUGAAUGGGUACUACCGGAUAUAAAUAUCAAGAAACAUCAAAUUCUAGAUCUUACCUUCGAUAUGCCAGCUCAUCGGAUUUCACUUGGUUUUUCGCGCUAAAAACCAACCAAAAACGCGUCAUUUUUGUAUGGAUUUUCACGUGCGUAGACUUUCAUGGAAAGAUUAAAACCAAAGUUUGCUGAAAUCGUGUCAUCUCUGGUCUACCUUAAAAACCACCAAAGUCUUUUAAAUCAAGGAAUACGAUAAAAACUGUUUUUUUGCUUUCCUUUGAAUUUGACCUGAACCCGUGAGGGUUAGACAGCGCGAAGAAAAUUUCCAGAAAACGUCUUGGAAAGCCAACAAAAAUUUCUCCACGACUCGGCUGCCAUCUUUCUCAUUUUUAGAAACUUGUUUCCAGUACUUUUUUACCGUUUUGUUAUUUUUACAUCAUGUAUGCUUCAUUUAGAAGUGUCACGGCUAAAAACGGCAAAACACUCACCCCCACCCGGACGGGAAAUUUAACCUUUAACCGAUGGAGAUGAUUCUGAUUUUACUCUCCCAGCCUUUGCGAUGCUGCUGACCACUGACAGAUCUAAUGGGGACCUUAAGCAAAGGCGUCUUUGUACAAUGCACGUCAACCGGAAAUGAGGCUUUUCCCCUGUUAAUAUGCUUUGAUGCUACCAAAUUUGUAUCGCUAGGGGUCUCUACUCUUAUGGAGACGAUUUACCCGAAAGUUUAGGCAAAAACACUGCCCAAGAAUGAAGAAAGUCCACUUGCGGCUGAUGUGCUUUGCUCAAAAACGUGUCUGCUUAAGCUCCCUCAAAAAACCUUUUUUUCACACGUUAGGAAAGUGCUGCUAGGUACCUCUUAAACGGAUCAGUGGAACUUUGUCAGUUUGUAAGUCACCAAGAUUGUCAAGUUGAUUGCACCUGUCUUAUUUCGUUGAUCUUAGAUUGUUAUGGUGCUAAUGAGGCUGCGAGAGUACUGGGAAAUGGAGAACCUUGAUUUCUCCAAUUUCACCGAAGUCAAUAUCAAUUCUCUCGGGACCUUUUUGCAAGGUCUUGCACAAGAUGAGCUGAAAAAGCUACCUGAGAAGAUCUUGCUGACUGCUAUCCGUCGGCUGGGAGAACAAACUGGAUUGCCGGAAGACAAACUCAAAGCCAGGGCUUAUUUGGCAGUUGAACUCUUCAAGGUAAAUUUAGACAGUUUCCCAAAUCAUGCUUACUUUUCGGCAUUAACACUGCCCACGGCCAACCACGGCCCAGUUUGCCACUUUAGAACCGAGAAGGAAGCUGGACCGAGUUAACUUCGCAAAGGCCUCUGGGACUGUUACUAGAAACAGUAAAAAAAUGGGCGAAUAAGUUGUCAGACGCCUCCCUUGCAAUAUCGUUACCAGAAACGAUUGCGGAAUGCAUUUCGGUUCCAGCUCCUUGUUUCCAUAGUAGCGUAUAGUAAUGACCAUCUCGAUUCUCCGUGUUUUUCAUCAGUUACUGCUGUAUCAAAGAUAAGUUUUACGAAAAAGGUUAAGUGAAUUAAUGAAACGCCGUUUACCAAACAGAAAAUGUCUUGAUGUGCAGAUUAUUACACAAAAGCUCAUUACACACAAAAAGAAAUGUACGAAGAGCAGUUUGGAGAAUAUGCUUACGCUUUUCCCCCGUAUAAUAUUACUCUGAGUAGUAGCAUAAGACAAAGACUGGACCGUGUUCUACUCUUUAGCUGUUUGUAUUGUAUGUGAUUUUACUAUAGGUCAUAGAUAACAUUAUUGCUUCAGCCCCCGUUCUAAGAUGGACAGUCUUUCCAGUAAACGCGUAUUAGGGAAACCAAUUGUGUUAUCCUCUGAACAGAUAAUUAUUCAUGAAUAUAUUAUCCACCAAUACAACAUCUUAGUCCUGAUAAAAGCUACUAACAGCAGUUACUAUCUUGGCAUACAUGUUUAACUCGGGCGACACUGGUAUAAAAAAGUUGUAUUUGAUCCCUCGAUAAAGGUUGAUUUUGCUUGUGGUUUAAUAAAGAAUGACCCUAAGCCUCCUUUCUGCUUUAGAAUCAGACUGGCGUUGAUGUCCUUGACUCCAAACACAUUGAGGAUCUUGGUUCUUUAGUGGCAGGACUGAGCAGAAAAACGCUUCGUAAAAUAAGUAAAGAAGCAUUUGUUGACAACCUGUACAAUAUUGCUCGAGCCAAAGGUUAUGACAUGAAGAAGCUUAAAGAGAUAGCUAAGCUGGCAAAGCAGCAUUUUGAUAAGAGGUUGGUAAAAUGAAUUGUUGCUUAGUGAUACUGAAACGGGAGAAUCUGUAAUUGUUCAUUUAAUGGUGUUGUAAGGAACAAUGCUUCCAAGAGCAUGACUUAUUCCUACAGUAAGCUUUCCUUAUUAAGACAAGUCGCUCUAUUCACUGUUAACAGCUGAUAGAGUAAACAGUUGUAAACAGGCCGGUUCCUGAUCGUAUAGUGUACUGUAAAUAGAAGCCACAAGAGUUGGUUGAUAAUCGCCGAUAAAUAUUGUUUGGAAAAUUAUGGCUGCCUAACCCUUACCACAGGAGAGAUGUUUUCGAACAAUUUUCUGCAAAACGCUAAUUUCAUGAGAACAUCUUGCCAACCUCAAAUACGCUCAUUGUGGCGAAUUUUUGUCAGAAGGUUAUAUUAAGAACAAGGAUGCUUAUAGUUUAAGUCAAGAGAUCUAUUGUAAAAGUCUACUUUGUUUUAUGAUAGUGAUGUCGCCGAGUGGAUUGGUGACCAGUGGCGCGAUCUUGGCCCAGCUGCACUGGGCCUGGAUCCGAGUGAUCUUGAACGUAUCAAUCUGGACUCUCUUGAAGAAAUGUUGGAUGAACUGGGCACAUUUAACUUCAGCAAAUCUCAAGCCCAGGCCCUUAUUAAAGCAGCCAAGAAGAAGUGGGAACAGUCUGGUGAGAACUGGCGUAGUUUUCUUAUUUUUUUUUUUACUUUUGAAAGCUCUAUAAUCAACUACGUUAAACCAAGGACAAAAUUGAACCACAACAUAUACAUCCACUGGAACGUUUUUGCCUCUCAACAAAACUUCUCUUUUUCUACCUGGUGAAGGUGAAGUGAAUUUUCUAAACCUUUUAGCAACUGACCAUUUCUCACUGCAAACCUCUCGUUGCAGAUGUGGGUAAAUGGGCCGGGGAGAAAUUACGUCAGCUGGGAUCAUUGGUGAAGGGACUGGAUCUAGGUGACAUAGAGAAGCUUAGCAAAGAAGCAUUUGAACAGGCUGUGGGAGACUGGGGACAAUAUUUUGAUGUUGAUAUGGAAACGCUGGAAGCCUUGGCAAGGAAAGUGAAAGAAGUAAGAAGUAGAAAUUUACAUUACCUUCAUAGUUUCAGCCUCGAUGGCGGGUAUUCGAAUGGGAAUGAAGAAAAUAGCGCGCCGCUUUUUAUCCCUUUCCUCCCAUUGCGAAUGCCUGCCACAAGGGUUAUUUUAGUUAUUGUUCUUUAAAAUCAGUAUAAAAUAUUCUAAACGUAGUUGUCAUUGAAGAAAACAUGCAUAAAAAUAAAAUUUACGUUGUUUUCUUUUUUUUUUGGUAGCACUUAACAAACGGAGACAUCUCGAAGCUCACUGCUCAAUUGGCGAAGAGGAUUGGUCGUGUAGUACUGGGUCUUUCUCCUGAUGACUUGGAAAAAUUGAACCUGGACAACAUUGAUAUCAUUGCUGCGCUGGGAAAAUGGAAUGAAUGGAGUAAAGAUCAGGUGCGCUAUAUCUGCUGUUAAGUUUUACUUGUGCGAAUUUCCUUUUUAAGUAACGCUUAUAAAGAAAUUUGAUGAAGCCUUCUAUUCACUAAUAGUGUAUAGGCCACUCGUACGGAAUUCUUAUUCUCGAAGUAUUUAAAGCCAAUUGCAUACAACGAAGGGCAGAGACCAAGGGCACGUUUAUAUGGAGAAAAGUUGUCCCGAGUAGAGGAGUCACCAGCUGGGUUAGCCAACUUUUCAUCAUUUCCUGACAAAAUAUGGCGAACUGUUUACAUGACAAACAAAAAGUUGGCUAUACUAGAGGCGGGGCACCCUUCUAGCCGGACCAACCUUUCUCCAUAGAUACACUUUGGCUCGCCCAGCCGAGACAACUCCGUCAAGGCAAGACAACCAGCGCAUGCGUGAGCGCUGUUGGCUCGGGCAAAGGGGUCAACUUUUUUCCUCAUAUGAAUGCACGCUAAAAUGGACUCGACUGGGAGGGUGACCCUUCAAACCGAGACUGGUUAUCUCCAUAGAAACGGGCCCCAAAACACGGUUCCCUCCCAUUCAAUGCAGUUUCCCUAACCUGAUGCACUAGUGGUGUCGGAAAAACAAAAAUAAAACUUAAAUGUCGUUAUCAUUCCCCAUUUGACUUGUCCUUUCCUGGAUAUGCUGAGAACAAGUCGUUUUCUUUUUGCUGAUAUACUUAUUUCUCAAUUUUGUUUCCUACAGCUGGAACGUCUUAAACCGAAAGUUCGGGAAUUCCUGAAGCAGGUGAAGGAUGAUGAUGUGUACAUGAGUCUGGGACAGCUGGCUGUCAGUUUGACCAAGGAGGACAUCGCUAAAAUUCCACAAAAGGCUUUCAGGUACAAUGGUCUUUUAGGAUAAAGAUUCAAAAUUGGAGUCCUUUCCUUUACACUAUUUUCAAUACUUAAGUAGCAGUGCUUCAUUGUCGUCAGUUUCAUUCCAUUAAGUUGUUUUAGGUGAUUUUAAGUGUUAAGGCUCGAUGAGGUUCCAAACUAGGAAAGGUGAAGAUUAUAUAAAGAGGUUGCGUUGAUGGGCGGUUAAUUUAUUUAUUUUCUCACGCUACUGACUGUUUUUAAGGGAACAAAAGAUCAAUUCAGUAAUAAUGCAUGUUAUGUUUCACAGACUCGCGAUUAAACAUCUGAGUGAAAUCGAUGGCUGGUCGAUGGAGCAGUUAAUAGCAAUCAUUGACAAAGCUAAGAUCGUGUGGUCACAGAGUGCGAAUGACUGGGAUAAGGACCAAGUUAGUGAGCUGGGAAAAGUACUAAGUAAGUUAUUUAUGUGUCUGAUGAUUGAUCUUCAGUUGAGGCGAAUUCCUGCCAAAAAAAUUUAAAAAGUAGAUUCCUCUUUGACGUAAGAGUGGAAUUUUAUCUCUGAGUUUUCGUACUAAGUUUUGCGUGGCUUGCUUUCUUGGUACUAGUUUCCUAUCAUUGCACUAGCAGGCAGGCUUGUCCUACUAUUUUUUGAAGGAGUUGUUUUGAGUCAUCUUUUCAACGUCUUGUUUUUUUUUUACACAGAGGCCCUGUCCACUAGCGAUGUAUCAAAACUAAAAGCUAAAGUUGUCGACGCAAUCCCUCCGGUGGUAUUUGAAGAUAUGAGCGUCUCUCAGCUACAGGUGAGUGUUUUUAUGUAAAGAAAAAGAACAAAUCAUGACUGCAGUCUCUUGCUUGACUUGGUAUUUGAGAUUGUGAGAUGAAUUAAAUAAGUAUUGUUGUAACAUGCUAAAACACGCGGGCAAUCCCCUUAUUUUCCCUACCCAGACUCAGCGCGAGGUCUUUGUUUGGAGAUAAGACCCAUUUACAGAUCAAGAUGGCACCUGAGAGUUGAUCUGCAAUUAACAUUCUUUGCAUUGCACAAUCGUCUGUUUUUUAAACAAGUACAUGUAGGCCACUAUUAUUGACUGGCAUGACCAUCGGACCAUAUUAUUGUAUUUCGUCUCUAGGCGUUUUCUGUUGAUCAGUAUGAAGCUAUGUUGACCCCUCAAGUGCAGGCUAUCAGCUCUGCCAAGAGAGACAGCCUCUCAGUACCGCAACAAGAGGCCAUCAAAAGUGUGAUAGAAAGAGACCCUGAUGAACAAGACCCAUGGGGCCCAGAUGAUGAUGAUGGCGACUCCUCAGGUUCGUUUGCUUUCCACUCCUUUUAUGACACUUUGCGUUUAUUCAGGGGCACCCAACGGGAAAUUUUGAGAAAAAGACCUAAAAACAACAACAAAGCGUGAAUAAAGAUUUCUGAGACUAUUUUAAGCAUUUUGGGAGAUUGCUGGAAAAAAAUUAUCUGUUCCUCACUCCCAGCAAGACUAAUGGAAGAGUUCCCAGCCAGCAAUCUUACAACCUGCAACCUGACUUACUGGGAAGUUUCAUAGGGCACAAUUCAGAUCUUGAGUGGUAAGCAACCCAUACAAGUAACCUGUAGCAGUCCAUUGGGUGCCCCUGUUUAUUACAUAAAUUUGAGCCGCUCUAUGGGUACCUGCGGAUGUCGUUUUCGUCGCAAAUUAUCCAUAAAAUGCCAAGCUCCUACUUCUACAAACAGGAUUCUUGCAUAGCUUUGCCGCUGCAUUUCACUAAUAUGAUUUUAAAAAAUAAGAUCCUGUUUUUCAUUUUUUAGGCUAAACAGGUUCUUGUUUAUAGGUGGUAUAAAUGGCAAAUUUUAGGCUAACAGGUUCUUAAUUUUCAGGUUCUUACUCGUGGGUUUUUACUGUAUCAAAAAAUGUUUUCAGGCGAGUUAACACUACUAACGAGCUCUAACAACCACGACGAAGACGACGGAAACGAAAAAAUAAUAAUUUAAAAAAAUAAAAAGGUUUAAACAAAAACUCUGAACAUGUAGCACACUUCAGGCAGAUUUUUUCUACCGUCAUUGCACGAUUAACGUCAAAACUUCGUCGGAAUGGCUUAACAUACAAGAUCGUCGUUUCAUCGUCAGAAAUCCCCAUAGAGACUCACGAUUCCAACGCUAUCAAUUGAUUAAGGAAAAAAAAACACCUUUGAGUAAACUUUAAUUUUAGUUGCUCUUUAGCUUAUCCCUUUCAAGAUAUUCAGUUUUCAAUUGUUCGUGAUAUCUAGAUAUUCGGCUCCGUGAAAAGGAGGUGAAUUAUCUGGACAAAUUAGCCAUAUCUUUCGUCUACGUAGUGAGUUUAUAGCUCACGAGCCUCAAAACUUCAUUUUGUGCUCAACUUCUUCCCAGGGGUUCGAGUUCGAUUUUGGAUUCCAUCUACAGCGUGGAAUUCGUCCGUUGGCGUAUUUUAACUAAUUGACUUUUCUUGUGUUGGUUUUUGUAGGAAAUACAUCGUCUGUCUCUAGUCACGUGACUGUCACGUUCGCUAGCCUGAUGUUAGUUCCAGCUGGAGUUCUGCUUCGUUAAAACUCAGAUUAGAUAUCCCUGAUGAAAGGUUUACUCCGCACUCGUUCAUAUACACCUGGUUAUUUUCAGGCUUUAACUUUACAAAAGGCAGAAGAUUUGAUUCAUUGACUCACACUAAUACUUAUAUUGAUAACUUGGCCCUUUGGUCAGGUUAAAAAAACAGUGGAAAAGAAAAAAAAGGAGGAGGAUAUUUUUGGAUCAAAAAUAUAUUUUCAACAUCAACACAAUAGGGCUUUUUGAAUGAGAAUUAUUUUACGACUAUUUAUGAUUGUACAAAACUCAGUUAGGUACAAUUUUGUAAUAUUUAGAUACAACAAUAGUUCUAUGGCUUCACUAUUGUAAGCACAAAGUUAUUAGGGAAUGUGUUGCAAAUGCAGUGUGUUCAAGAAUAAAUAAAUA